GUAAAGAUUCUGUUCCUUCCCAAUUGUUUGAUAUUAAAAAAAAAAAAACCUGCUCUGGUGCCUGUGAUGUGAUCAGAUGAACCAGCUUUGUUCAUUGUUUAAUUACAUUUAAUCAAAUUAUUUGGUACUGAGUUCAAGUUUAGAAUUGGCAGUGUUUUUUUCUGGGAUAAGUAAGAAAGAGUCUCUAGACUAAGAUAGAAGGGUGAAAAAAAAAAAAAGAAUAAGGAGUCUAACUCUAAUAGCUCUAACUCUCUCCCAAGUGAAAGAGAGAGAAAGACUAUAAAGAGAGAGAGAGGGAGAGAGAGAGGGAGAGAGAGACAUAAGAGCUAGAGAAAGUGAGAGAUGGUGGGCUCAGGAGCAUCAGAUAGGAGCAAAGAAGCUGUUGGGAUGAUGGCCCUUCAUGAGGCCCUCAGAGGCGUCUGUCUCAGCACAGAGUGGACUUACUCUGUCUUCUGGACCAUCCGUCCUCGCCCAAGAGUCAGAGGUGGUAAUGGGUGCAAGGUUGGAGACGACAACGGCAGCUUGAUGUUGAUGUGGGAAGAUGGAUUUUGCCGAGGAAGUUUGGAAGAGAUUGAAGGAGAGGAUCCAGUGAGGAAAGCCUUCAGCAAGAUGUCCAUACAGUUGUAUAAUUAUGGAGAAGGGCUGAUGGGGAAAGUUGCAUCUGAUAAGUGUCACAAAUGGGUAUUCAAAGAACCAACAGAAUGUGAACCUAAUAUCUCCAACUACUGGCAAAGUUCUUUUGAUGCUCUCCCCCCUGAAUGGACUGAUCAGUUUGAGUCAGGGAUUCAGACAAUAGCUGUGAUUCAGGCUGGUCAUGGUCUUCUGCAGUUGGGCUCCUGCAAGAUUAUACCUGAAGACCUUCACUUUGUGCUAAGAAUGAGGCAUACCUUUGAAUCUCUUGGCUACCAAUCGGGUUUCUACCUCUCCCAAUUGUUUUCUUCAACCAGAAACUCAUCAUCUUCCACUUCAAUUCCUUCAAAACAACCCGCCAUGCCAAUCCGACCACCUCCUCCACUCUUCAACUGGGCGCAGAGGCCAUUCCCAUCUCCCACUUCUAUGCUUCCUUCACCUAGUUACCAGAACUCGGCAGCAAGACUAGGCUUUCCCCAAGCCAAAGAUGAGACACACAUGUUCCUGCUUCCUCAUUCAUCAUCCGAAACCCGACUGGAAGACAUGAUGGGAGGAGUAGGAGGUGGCGGAGACCAGCAUGAAAACGACAUCAAAUGGCCCAAUGGUCUGUCGUUCUUUAACGCCCUCACUGGAAGAAGCGACGAUGCGAAGCUUCUGUUCAACACUGACAACUUGGGAAACAAACAGGAGAACCAAAACCAGCACCCCAAUUCAGAUAAUGCUUGUCCUGGAAAUUCAAACGAACGAUUGAGUUUAGACAGGCACACAGCCGAGGGUGGUAGGAAGAAUAUUAGCAUGGAAAACAAGUUCAAGAGGAGCUUUACAUUGCCUGCAAGAAUGGCUUCAUCCUCUUCAUCCACUUCGGUCGAUCAUCAUCAUCAUCAUCACCACCAACAAGUGGAGUAUAGGAAUUCUGAGCAAGGGGGUAUGUACACUGAUGUCAUGGAUACCUUCUUGGAUUGAUCAUGACAAUGGUCCCAAUAGGGAUUUGUAAUAGUGGGCAAGGGUUAGAAAAGUGUUGUAUCUAGGCAAAGAUUUUCGGUUCCUUUGCUACUCAAUAGUUUCCUUUGCUUGUUUUCAUGCUUCUAAUAUUUUGUGUUUCACUCCUUUAAUUGCCAAGACUGAAUGUUCAAUUCAUAGUUUUACACUCGCAGAA